GAGAGCCGUGCGCGAUAUCCUAGCCCUGUCUGCCUCCCUUCCCCAAAAAGGUCUGAUAGCCGCCCGGAGUCCAAUCGCUGAGCAGUCAUCAUGACGCGGACAUGCUGCUUUUCCGCGGAUUGGUUUGAUACUUGGCCGAUGGCCAUUGGCGAUAGCCCCGCGGACCGCAGAACGGCUUGCUAUCAUGGCUUGCUGCAUGGCAUGGACUGAUAACAUCUGCGGGAUGCUGCAGAACGUAUGCACGACAGGACAGAUUGGUCAACAAUCGGCAUCACGUCCUGGCGCGUAUGAUGUUCACUAAAGUCCCGUGAAGGCCGACCUAACUCGGAGGCCGUUUGAGGAUUGACCUCGACGAGAAGACCGGCCAACGAUUGUCCGAACCACCAACUGGAAACGUCAAGAGCCCAACUCUCCUUCCACAAAGACUAGUCUGUCAGAAAGAAAGAAUGAACAAGUCCCGACCUAGCCACGAAACCCUCCCUCCAGAUGCCGAGGGCUACCCCGACGAAACGGCGCCCCUGCUCUCCCCCCAUCGCGCUCGUCGAUCGGCCGCCCGACCAGAACAUGUUGAAUGGAUCGCCGAGAUGUGGUUCUUGACGAAGGCCUCGAUUCCCGUCAUCCUCGCGUACAUGCUCCAAAACAGUCUGCAGACAGUGUCCGUCCUUGUCGUGGGACGGCUGUCUUCGGAGGCCCUCGCAGUUGCUGCGUUCUCAUACAUGUUUGCCAUGGCGACGGCCUGGCUGAUCGCCUUGGGCGGCACGAGCGCCCUUGACACGCUGGCCUCGAGCAGCUUCACGGCAUCAAAGGAUAAGGGGAACCUUGGUAUUCUGCUACAGAGGGGGAUAUUUGUGUUGACUGGGUUCUACGCCGUCGUGGUGGUCAUCUGGUGCUUUUCCGAACAUCUGUUCCGGGCGCUGGGCCAGCCCGAGUCCAUCUGCAUCCACAGCGCCAGAUUCCUCCAGCUCCUGGCGCCCGGCGGGCUCGGUUACGUCUGGUUCGAGUGCAUGAAGAAGUUCCUGCAGGCGCAGGGCGCUUACCGGGCAGGGACAUACGCCCUCAUGAUCACCUCGCCGCUCAACGCUGUUCUCAACUACUUGUUCAUUUACACUUUUGAUCUCGGCAUGUACGGCGCUCCCCUGGCCACGGGGAUCUCCUACUGGCUUUCCUUCCUGCUUCUUGUCGCCUACGCCGCCUUUGUCCAGGGCAAGCAGUGCUGGAGCGGGCUGCAGCCAAGACGGGCGCUGGCAAACUCGUGGCCCUUUGCGAAGCUCGCCUUCCUGGGCGUCGUCCAUGUCGGCACGGAGUGGUGGGCGUUCGAGAUUGUCGCCCUUGCUGCCGGCCGGCUGGGAACGCUUCCCCUCGCCGCCCAAUCGGUGGUCAUGACGGCGGACCAGAUCAUCAACACCAUCCCGUUCGGCCUCGGCGUGGCAGAGUCGGCGCGGCUGGGGAAUCUGCUCGGGGCGAGAAGUCCCACGGCCGCGAGGCGUUCUGCUCAUUGCGCUGCCCUCCUGUCUGUCGCCUUCGGUUCGGUUCUUCUUACCGUCCUGUUCGCAACGAGGGAUGUUUUCGGGGGGCUCUUCAACAGUGACAAGCGGGUUAUUGUCCUCGUCGCCGAGGUCAUCCCCUACGUCGCCCUGUUCCAGAUUGCGGAUGGGCUGAACGGCAGCUGUGGCGGCGCGUUGCGGGGCAUGGGCCGUCAGUGGGUGGGUGCGCUCGUGAACUGCGUGUCGUACUAUGGCGGUGCUCUUCCCGGCGGUAUCUAUCUUGCGUUCCACGGCUGGGGACUGGCCGGUCUGUGGAUGGGGCAAUGCAUCGCUCUCUCGCUGGUGGGCAUCUUGGAGUGGGUGAUUGUCGGGUUGAGCAACUGGGAGAAUGAGGUGCAAAGGGCUGUGGACCGGUUGGAUGAUGAGAAUCACGAUUCAAGUGUUGUCUCCUGUUAGUAGGAUGUAUAGACUAAAAUCACUACGAGCUAGGCCCGGACUCUGGACAAUAUGUCUUGCGACGCGGCGAUGUAUGUAUUGUACUACUAGUUGUAUUUAUACUGCACUCUGAGCAGCAUCUAUUGCACUUCCCAUGAGC